AUGGACGGCGAUAGAGCUGCACCGCAUCCCCCGGCGCGGCCCGCUGGGCAGCACGGCGCGCAGUACACGCCGCCAGUGGCGGGCGCGUCGGAGCCCGCUGUUGCGGUCGCCUUGAUGGCGCUCGUCGCCGUCAUCGCGGUGGUACUGCCAGCAGCGGGCGCGCACGUGGGCGUGGUGCACCAGAUCCCCGAGGGCCACGUGGGCGUGUACUGGCGCGGGGGCGCGCUGCUCAAACACGUCACCGAGCCAGGGUACCACCUGCUGCUGCCCUUUAUCACCACAUACGAGCCCAUCCAAGUCACGCUGCAGACAGACCAGGUGACCAACAUCCCAUGCGGCACCAAGGGUGGCGUCAUGAUCUACUUUGAUAAGAUCGAGGUGGUGAACAGGCUUCGGCACGGCUACGUGUACGAGACGAUAAAGCAGUACGGAGUGAACUACGACAAGACGUGGAUCUACGACAAGAUCCACCACGAGAUCAACCAGUUCUGCAGCGCACACACCCUGCAGCAGGUCUACAUCGACCUCUUUGAUCAGAUAGAUGAGAAGGUGAAGGAGGCGAUCAUGCGAGACCUGGUGCAGUACGCGCCGGGCAUAGAGAUCAUCGGCGUGCGCGUCACCAAGCCCAAGAUCCCGCCCGUCAUUGCACGCAACUACGAGCAGAUGGAGGAGGAGCGCACCAAGGUGCUGAUAGCGAUGGAGCGACAGAAGGUGGUGGAGAAGGAAGCAGAGACGGAGAAGAAGAGGGCAGUCAGCGAGGCUGAGAUGGCUGCACAGGUGAGCCGAGUACUGAUGGAGCAACGGGUGCGGGAGAAGGAGUCGCAGCAGCGGCAGCAGCAGAUUGACGACGAGGUGUUUGUGGCGCGCGAGAAAGCGCUGGCAGACGCCCACCACUACAGAGUGAUGCGUGAGGCAGAGGCCAACAGUGCGCUGCUCACUGCACCUUUCCUGGAGCUCAAGUUCAUAGAGGCUCUCGCCAACAACACCAAGCUCUUCUUUGGGGAUAAGCGGUUCAUAGAGGCUCUCGCCAACAACACCAAGCUCUUCUUUGGGGAUAAGGUGGGUGCAUAG